AUGAAUUUUCUUAGAAAGUUUUUGGGCAGUUCGCCCACUGGAGAAGUGGCUUCUUUACCUUCCGGAAAGCUCUUUUUGACGCGGUCGCCACUGUCACCUAAAGGCGAAUUCGAAUGCUUAUAUAAUGAUGCCUAUGCUAGUAUUCGUCAAACCACCACCCCAUUCUACUAUCAGCUUUGCAUUACAAGGGUGUACCAAGAGGGUGAAGAUCUUGCUGGCGGAAACUAUGAAGACUCGGAUGACGACGAUGGCUUUGACUCUUCGGAUUCUGCGAAAAACUCCUCGUUGGGUGGUCAUUCGAAAGAUGAGUGGAGUUUUGCAAUCAUGGAAGAUCUUCAAUUGAGACGGUAUGAAAAACCAGACUCGUCUAGGGUGAUUGCUUGGAAGGAUAUCAAUGGCGACGCGGACGAUAUGUUUGAGUUUGUUAUCGAUGAAGACUGCAAGUCUCAAGAAAUUGACUCUUUUAUGCUCGCUCUUUACAAAUGCGUCUUUGAACUGAAAUACCGCAUUAGUUCUGAGAUCAUUACGUCAAUGGACCAGCUUUCGGAAUUCAAUAAGGCUCUGCCAGUACACAGCACCGACCAUGGAUUGUCGGAGUUGAAAAAUCACCAAAUAACUUCCAAUCCUGAAACAGAAUCGGAGUCCGAAUCGGAUACAAAAGGAGCUCCAGUUGCGCCCGCUCCUAAAGGCAAUAUCAUCUAUACUACGUCUGUUGUGGAACUUCAUUUGUUUGAUGCUCAAGAUAGCAAGUUUAAACUUCAAUUGCCGUCGUCUAAUGUUACACUUGACAUAAUUCAUGGUGAUGGAUUCAAGUAUUAUGUCAGUGUAUCCAGUCGUGACAGUUCUAAACCCAUCACAUUCGAUACCAUCAUCGACAAGACCAUGAACCCCACAUUUAAUUACAACUUUUUGUCGUUCAUCUUCAACUUGCAUGUAAUGCGAGACAAUAUUAUGUGUCCGUUCUCGUGGCUCGUCAAGUUUCCUACGUUUAAUGAGUUGCUGGUGUUCCAAAACCACUUUAUGCGUGCAUUGUGGGAAUCAGUAAAUAAAACUCAGUGGAAUAAGGUUACGGAGUCCGAACAACAGUACGUUGUUGAUGCUUUCUCCAACAUCAAUUUAGACGAAGAGUCUGAAUUUGAGACGGCUGAUUCAGGUGAUGAGUUUGACGAUGCAACCGAAGACGCAGAUAUUGACGACAAGAUUGAGCGUACUCUUCGUGGACCAUCUACCGAAAAGAAACUUUUCGUGGACUCAGAUGACGAAUUUGGAGAUAAAGAUGGUGAUAAAUCCUAUGCUGAGUUCCGUAACCAGAAGAAUGCUAAUAGUGAACUCGCGGUGGGUAUGGCUAAUGACAGAACUUUUGUCGCUCGAGGUAACACUUUGGGAGUAUUCACAAACCGGGACAAAUUACAAUUUGAAACCACAAUCAAUGGCUUGGAGACGCUCGAUGGAAAGACACUUGAAGCCAAGAAUAUGAUGCUUCAUCAACAAGAUCAGAACAUGAUCAUGUCUGGAGCCGGUGACAAGCUCUACAAGAUGGAUUUGAACAGAGGUAAGGUGAUUGAAGAGUGGAAUGUUUCCGACAAGGAGCCGGUUGUGACGUAUGGCCCCAAUUCCAAAUUCUCGCAGUUGACAAACGAACAAACUUUUACUGGUAUCUCGGCUAAUGGUAUGUUCCGAGUUGAUCCCAGACUUUCAGGAAGCAAGCUCGUCAAGGAUAAUCACAAGGUUUACAAAACCACCAAUAACAAGUUUCUGUCGUUCACGACUACUGAAGACGGGUACAUGGCAGUUGCUACUGCUAAUGGAGAUAUUCGUCUUUAUGACAAACUAGGGGGCAAUGCAAAGAGCAAGUUACCAUCGUUAGGAGAUCCGAUUAUUGGAAUCGAUACAUCGAAGGAUGGAAGGUGGAUCUUGGCCACCUGUUCCAACUAUUUGUUGUUGAUAGACGCCAUGGUUGGUAGAGGGCAAAAGAAUGCUAAUUCUCUCGGAUACGUCAAGUACUUUGAUCAGGACAAAAAACCAGUGCCUCGGCGGUUGACGAUUAAACCAGAAGAUGAAGCAUUUAUGAAUAUGGAGACAAAGGGUAAACCGGUGCAAUUUACCAAGGCGUAUUUUAACACUGGAAAAGACACCAAGGAGACCACAAUUGUCACUUCGAGUGGACCGUAUGUCUUUACGUGGUCGCUCUCCAAAGUGUUACGGACGAAGAAAGACAACCAAGUUUAUCGGGUCAAAAGAUAUCCUAAUCCUGUUGUUGCCGAUAAUUUCAAAUUUGGAAGUAAUACCGAUGUCAUUAUUGCAUUGGAUAACGAAGUUUCGAUGAUUAAGAAGAGCAAACUUUCCAAAGCCGACAAAGAUUCCUUGACGGAUCCCAAUAAUGUUGUGAAGAGUGAAUGGUAG